AUGGACCCAGCCCUACUUGAAGCAAUGAGGGCCAGAAAUGAACCAGGAUAUCACUUCCUCAGAAACGAAAGUGGCACAACAAGCGCUGGAAGAGAGAAUCAGAAACAGAAGAAAUCAUCUGACAAGGAAUUUAAGAAGUUGUUGAUAUCUACGAUGCCAUAUGUUGGUCAUGGAGUACCGUUACGGACAUUAUUAGACAUCAAUCAGAGAAUGAGGAUUUUAAUGUUGAAGGCAGGAAUAACAGAAAGGCUCAACAUUGAUGCUGACCCAAACUCAAGAGCGUUACCAUUCGCAUCACCAGUUGUAGAAGUUGGCAAGAAGGACGGAAGAACAAGUUUAAUGUAG